AUGUUUUCCAAUUUUGGUUCGUCAGUAUUUGGUGGCGGUAUGCCAGGUUUUGGAAUGCCCAUGAACAAUAAAUUCGAAGAAUACUUUCGAGUGUAUCCAAUAUCAAUGAUGCCUGACUUGAUUAGAAAAGAUGAUGCAAAUUAUGGAGGCAAGAUCUUUUUACCUCCAUCUUCAUUAAAUAAAUUGACAAUGUUACAUAUACGAUAUCCUAUGUUAUUUGAAAUCAAAAAUGAAUUGAAAGGUUUAGUCAGUCAUAGUGGGGUUUUGGAGUUCACAAGUGAGGAAGGAAGAUGUUAUAUACCACAAUGGAUGAUGAAUACUUUAAAACUACAACCUGGGAAUUUAAUUCAAAUAAGUAAUUGUGAUUUAAAUUUGGGAAAAUUUGUCAAAAUUGAACCUCAAAGUGUUGAUUUCUUAGAUAUUAGUGAUCCAAAAGCAGUAUUGGAAAACGUUUUGAGAAAAUUUUCUACAUUGACUGUGAAUGAUAUAAUUGAAAUUAAUUAUAAUGACUCAAUUUAUGGUAUUAAAAUAUUGGAGGUAAAACCAGAAAGUAAUAAUCACGGUAUAUGUGUGGUUGAGACUGACUUGGAGACCGAUUUUGCUCCACCGGUUGGGUAUGUAGAACCAGAAUAUAAACCAAAAUCCGUCACUCCAUCCACAGGAUCAUUGACUCCAAUAGACCCAUCAAGUGUAAAUAGAGGUGCAGGUGCAGCAACGAUGGCAAAAUCGAUUAAUUAUGCAAAUUUGGUCAAUGAUGCAAACAAAGAAAAUAAGUUUGCUGGAUCAGGUCAAAAACUAUCUGGUAAAAAGAUAGAGCCUAACAGUAGCAAAUCAGGUAAUCAAACAGUGAAAAUAGAAGAUCUAGACAUAAAUGCACCAGCUGUACCGUUAAAUUUACCCGAGAAUCAGUUAUUUUUUGGGUUUCCAGUAAUAUUACCAACUCAAGAAGAAAUCAACGAGGAAAAAGAAGAAGCUAAGAAGAAACAACAACAAUCGUCAUUCAAUGGUUCUGGUCAAUCAUUAAGACAAAGUAAAAAAAGAAAAGACAAAAAUUUAAAUCAUCCACCUUUGAAAAAUCAUGAACGAAGUCCAGACGUGAUUGAAAUUGAUUGA